UUCUGCUUAAAUUUUUUUAGAUAUAAAAGCAAGCUUUCAUAAAAGUACAACACAUUUGCAGGCAGAUCCCUGUAUUCUUUCCCACCUUCCCCACAUUCUUGCCUGUUUGUACGAGUCAGGAAAGCUUUCAGUGCUCCGCUUGUUGCAUGCAAGCAGAAAUGCCUGCUGAACUCAUACUGCCAUAAUACUGCACUAGAACAUCACUGGAACUUGCUGAACCAAGACAAAGACAGCUUUUGAUAUUUCAUCAUGGAACAUGAAUCUUCUUUCAUUUGCUUCUGAAGCACAGGAUAGAAAUCUACAGAUAAUCUACAAAAUUAUCACAGGAAAUCUAAUGUACAAUGAAGCUUAAAUUGAGCAUUUUGUCUGGAUUUGUGGCUUUUCUUGGUAUAUUGAGUUUUAUUUUUUUAGUGGUUGCUAUUGGAACCGAUUUUUGGUAUAUAAUCGAUGCUUCUAAACUGGAAUUAAAACGGAACUUCUCAGAGACCCUCAGUUCACACUCAGGACUGUGGAGGAUGUGUAAUUUUAAUGACAAGUGCUCUCCUCUGAUAAAUCCUUUUUGGCAUGGGAAUGUAAACUUUACGGAUUCACAAAAGCAACUUUUAAGUAUGCAUGGAACUCUUGUAAUUCUGUUGCCCCUUAGUCUCAUCCUGAUUAUUUUUGGAGGAAUGACUGGAUUUGUUAGUAUACUAGCAAGGGCAUAUCUGCUACUGCUUUUAACUGGAAUGUUUUUUCUAUUUGGAGCACUAUUGACGCUAAUGGGAAUUAGCAUUUACAUUGCCUAUUCUGCCGCUGCAUUUAAUUAUGUAUUGUAUUCCUCGGGCAGUGCAAUUCUGUCUGAAAUUGACAUACGUUUUGGAUGGUCAUUGGCUUUGGCAUGGAUAUCUUUCAUCACAGAAAUAUUGACUGGAAUGGCCUUUCUCUUGGCAGCCAGAGUUACUGGCCUCAAACGAACUGGAGAUCAAGUUAUAUAAAUGAUUGAGAGGACCCUUCUCACCACUGCAUAUACCUCAUGAGAAUUGCAUAUAUUGUUGUCUCCUAGAUUUCACAAGAAGAUCCAAAUUAACUUUUGAAAUAUACAACACAAUCUUUUGUAGAGUUCUGUCAAACGUAUAUUUUCAACUGUAAAUGACAGUGUGGGAAGAGCAAUGUAAUGUUUUUUUUUGCCACUAAAUAAUCACUGUCCAAAAUUCAGGCAAGAUUGACAAUUGACUUGUAUAGGGCUUUUUGUGAAGUAGAAAUUGAUGAAUGUUCCUUGUUACUAGCAGUGUUGGUGUUUAAUAUACCCUCUAUUCUAUUUAUUUCACCACAAGUGGUUAUAGACAUGUAUGGACUUAAU